AUGGAGUUGGAGUUGCCUAAUCGUUUAUACGGUGAGGGAUUGGAACCUCAGAUUAAGAAGAUUAAUAACAGCUACCGACUAAAACUUCUCGAGUUGCUGAAAGAAAAAAUGGAACCAGAAUUCGAUGAAGUUAUGAAAGAUCCCAUUUUUUCACAGAUUAUGGUUAUCCAGAAGAAUGAUCUGAAGUUUUCGGCAAGGUUGGUACACUCUUUCUUGUGUAAGGAGUUGAUGACAAGCAAGAGACAUGAGAAGUGGUUCACUUUCGCUAGGAGACCUCUGCGUUUUGGAUUGCAAAAGUAUCAUGCUGUCACUGGUCUGAAAGUGAAGCGAGAGAAUAACAGUGGGUUAGUGACAUGGAAAGAUGAUGAUGGUUUCUGGAGCAAGCAGAUAAAGACAAAUGGAAAAAUAAAUUUGCAGAUCAUAAAAAAGAAGCAUUUGGAAGAGAGCAAUACCUGGACUUGGGUUGAUAGGGUGAGACUGAUAUAUCUUUGCGUUAGUAUGGGUGUGGUGAUGGGGAAGGAUGAGAAGGUGAAUAUCCCGCAUCUGUACAUGAAGUUGGCGAUGGAUUUGGAGAAGCUUCGGAAUUAUCCAUGGGGUCUGUAUUCGUUUGAUUUCCUUAUGAAGCAAAUUGAUAAAACAAGGCAUAAAUUAGAGCAGAAAGAGGGGUAUCUGAUGGAAGGAUUCUUGUUUGGUUUCCAAAUUUGGAUAAUGGAAGCUGUUCCUGCUUUAGGAGAGAUUUGUGGCACAAAAGUCAGUAAAAAUUUUACAGGUCCACUGUGUGGUAAUUGGAGAGGAUGUGCAAAAUGUUCUUAUGAAGAUAUCAUUGGCGUUGAGAACUUAUUCCCAGAAAAUGGGAUUUUGCAUUCAUUCAUGGAAUCCCACAUAGAUGGAGUGGUCCUUUUGGCAACUGAUUUUGUACAGAAGGAUGAGAAGAAAGAUGAAAGAGUAGAUCGCAUUUUGGAUAUGAUCAAUAGUAAACAUGAUUGGAACAAUCAUGUUUGGGGAGUAAAAGAAGCUACGAACUCUGAAUUUGAGGAAUCUGGCGAAGAGAAAGGAGAGGAUCAAACAGCUGAUACUGAGAGAGGUCAAAAUAGUCAUGUUGCAGGGAAUGUUGAUGGCACAGCUGAUGUUUCGGGAAUAAACAAGAGAAAGCAUGCAGACCGAGGAGCAGAGUCAAGGAAGAAGAAUGUUUUGUGCCACCUAGCUGCUUCAUCAAAAGGAAAUAUUGACACAGAUAUGAAAAAUUUCUUGGAGGAUUUGGUACAAGCUUCUUUUACUACUUUUGGGGAGAAAUUCUGUCAGCAGUUCUCGGACAGGUUGGGUAAGAUUGAGACUGAGGUUACACAACUCAGGACAUCUUCGGAGAGAACUGAGCAAUUUGAGACAGUUGUAACCGACAGAUUGGGGAAAAUUGAGGCUGAGGUUACACAGCUCAGGACAACUUUAGUGGUGACUGAAUUGGUGGGAAAGAGUGAUCAAGCAAGCGGUCCUAGCAUGACCAAAAUCAACAGUGGUCCUAGCACCAGCAUAAAAGGCACUGUUCCAUCAAAGAAAAAGGCUGUAAAAAACCAAGAGUUAAAGACUGCUGAUUCGUGUGUCAAUUUACCUCGUGCAAAAGUUACUCAAUCAUCAGCUAGUGAUCUUCGUAUGGGUACACAAGAGUUUUUGGAAAGUUGCAUGAAGAACCUUCCAUUAGACACAUUUGUGAAAGGUUUGAAUCCUUCUCAAGCUAAAGUCGAAGAUUCAUUGGAUUGGUUGGAACUUCCAAAAUCAUUGAAGAAGCCAACAGAUUCAUUGGAACUUCUAAAAUCAUUGAAGAAGCCAGCGGUCAGAUUAGAUGACCGAGAUAUAGAGCUAGACGGCGAAAAUUUCCCUGAUCGCUGCUUGGUGUUUGUGCAUCCUACAGAUUUUAAGAAGAUGCAGGACUGGCAAGAUACACGAACCUAUGAAAUUGAUGCUAUAAUGUAUGUUUUUCGGGAAAGAACAACAUUGAAACGAUGGAACGUAGACCGUGUUGCUUUCAUGACAUGCGUCUUCAGCGACCUCAUUGCUAAAGAUUACCAGAAUUUCUGUAAGGGUAUUAAGAAAUACACUAUGGAUCCAUUAUUACUGCAAUAUGGUAAAGGUGAACUGCCUUCCCAUGGAAAAACACGGAUGUUGUGGAAUGUCGAUGUGGAUCGGAUGUACGUUCCUGUCUGGGAAGUGGAAGCUUUCGCGCAGCUUAUUCCUCGGAUUGUCAAGGUCGUGCAGUCAUUGACAAUACAGAAGCAUCUCCACAUCACUCCGUACAAUGUUUCCUAUGUACCUAUGAGUGGUCUUAACCGACUUCAAUGUCAUUGUGGUGUGUACACUAUAAAACACAUCGAAUGCCACGUGCUUGGGUUGGACAUAUCUAUGGUGAGUGAUGAGAACAUCUGGGGAGCUCGGAUAAAGAUUAUGUGGGAUCUAUGGGAAGCAGCUAAUGAUCUAGAACUGAUUGAGAGAAUGUCAAAGUAUGAACCUAUUAAGUGUAGUAAGCCUGCCGAAUAUGUUGAGAUUGAUGAUUUAUGA